GCGGUGAAAAUUUCGGGGAUGGGUCUAUCGAUGGAUUCAAGAUGGCGACUCUGGCAAAAGCGCCAAUAUAUUUACUAAAGUAGAUGUGAAAAAUAACCGCGGCAGCGGCUUUUCUCAAGCCCCUAGGGGGUUUAGUCAAACAUGAAGAUCGGAGGCAUGUUUUGGAAAAGGAAUUGACCAGGAUUUAUACCGUAACAAAGUCAGCGAGAUGUGCGAGAGCUAUGCCCGCUCGCUGCUGCGUGUUUCGGUGGCGCAGAUCUGCCAGGCUCUGGGCUGGGAUGCGGUUCAGCUCACUGCGUGUGAUCUCCUGUCCGAUGUGCUGCAUAGAUAUAUCCAGCAGCUGGCCAGGGUCUGCCAUCGCUACUCCGACUUGUAUGGAAGAACAGACCCAGUGUUGGACGAUGUCAGCCAGGCUUUCAGGCUGCUGGGUGUGAGUCUGAGUGAACUGGAGGACUAUGUCCACAACCUGGAGCCGGUGCCUUUUACUCAACAGACACCACUCUUUCCUGUUGGCAAAAACAACGUCCUGCAGUUCCCCCAGCUUGGAGCUCGAGAUGCAGAAGAAAGGAAGGAAUACAUUCCAGAUUACAUGCCACCACUGGUCUCUUUACAAGAAGAAGAGGAGGAGGAAGAAGUCCUUGCUGAUAUGGGCACCUCAGCUGAAGCUAUGCAGGUGGCUCUAGAAGAGGAUGAGGAGGAAAUGGAAGAAGAUGAGACUGUCAAUGAUGAGAACCACCCACUGAAGAGGCACCUGGACAGUCCUGAUGCAGCUAUGGGCUUGAUGCCUACUUCCAAGAGACCACGCAUGUACCCUGGCCUCAGCCCAGAAUGGGGGGUUGAGCCCAGAGAGCCCCUUACCUCUCUCAAUCCUCAGCGUAUUCCCCCUGGUGUGCUGCCCUCUCACGAUAGCCUCGAUCCCCUGUCUCCUGAAACACCGUCUGGAGCCCUGCCUCCCUUCCGACCUCAGCCUAUAGUACCAAAACACUCUGAUUCAAAGGGCCUCACCACUCCAGGAAGAAAGCCUAAAGUCUCAUCACCUGGCAGACAACGGACUAAGUCCCCGAAAGGGGCCAUUUCUGUCCCGGUGGGCGGCAGUCCCAUCCAUUCUCCCAAGCCGUCUAAAGAACGCAAGAAAUCACCUGGUAGGACGAAGAGUCCCAAAAGCCCCAAGAGCCCAAAGAUGGGUUUGGUCAAAGCAUCUCAACCUCAAAUCAAGACAGAUGUUUUGCAUGAGCUACCCCUGUCAGCACUGAGUGAGAGGAUGGGCAAGGAGAACAUUCACAUGCGUCACAAUAUAGAGGACAGAGAGUUAUCUGAGGCACCCUUUGAGAAAAUAGAGCCUGACAAUACAGCUAUCGAUGACUCCAUUGAUGCUGUAAUUGCCAGAGCGUGUGCUGAGCGGGAGCCUGAUCCUUUUGCUUUCUCUUCUGGCUCUGAUUCGGAUAGCAAUGGAUUCUCUAGCCCCAGGAGACUGACCAUCAUGGAACCACCUACACCAAAAGUCUCAGUGGGGACUAGCAAUUCCAUAAAAGACACGUCAACACCACUUCACCUACCGGCACACAUGGGCCUAGGAAACUGGACUAUGGAUGAUUCAAUCAACGAGGUGCUUCGAAAGGUCAACCAGGGGGGUCCAUCUGCACCCCCACCAAACCAAGCAGAGUAUGUGUCAUCAGGAUCAGCCUCUCCACCCACUCCUGAACCUCUUCUAAAGGUGUUUGAAGAGAAGACCAAAAUGAUUUCGCCAAUAGAUGUCAAGAAAAAGCUCAAGAAGGAGCUUAAAACUAAAAUGAAGAAGAAGGAGAAAGACAAACCAAAAGACAAAGAUCGAGAAAAGGAUAAGAGCAAGCUAAAAGAGAAGAAUAAGGAUAAGAACAGAGAUAAAAACAAGGAGUUUUCCAAGGAUGCUAAGAUGCCCUGGAAGGAGUUUGGAGUGAAGGAUGAAGAGCACUUUGUUCAGCGAGACUUUACUCUGCCAGAAGGCUCCAUCAAGGUAAAAUGCAGAGAUGGAGAUGGACCUAAGAAGGAGAAGGAGAAACACAAAGACAAGAAGAAGGAUAAAGAAAAGAGCAAAAAAGACAAAGAUAAGCGAGACAAGGGUAAAGACAGAAACAAGGAGGACAAGCAGAAGCAAUCGUUGGCCCCGUUUGCUCUGAGUGAACUCCCACCACUGUUCAGCCCGUCGGCCUGUCUGCGUAUACCCUCCAUGCUUCCUCCUUUGGCCCCAAUCCUGCAGGAGAAGGACACAAAGAGCAAGGAGAAGGACAAGAAGAAGGACAAGAAAGAGAAAAAGAAGAAGAAGGAUAAGGAGAAAGACAAGGAGCGAGAGAAGGCCAAAGAAAAGGAGAGGGAGAAAGAUGAGAAGAGGAAAGAAAAGGAGAAACGAGAAAAGGAGAAGGAGAAGGAAAAAGAGAGAAUUCGACUGGAGAAGGUCAAGGACACCCCAGCUGCUCUACCUUCUCCAGUUAUUCCCAGACUCACGCUCAGAGUGGGAGCAGGCCAGGACAAAAUUGUUAUCAGCAAAGUGGUUCCAAAUUCAGAGCCCAAGAUGCCAGCGCCCAAGAUGCCUGCUGCCAGGUCUGGACCUGGGAACCGGCCUCGGACUCCUCCACCGCCCCCCAUACUCUCUCCUAUUAUACCUCCACUGCCCCCACCUGCCUCUCCACUGCCACCAGCUCCUGCCCCUUCGGUUUUGCUCUCUCCAACUUCCAUGCUUUCUCCUACAGCUUCCCUCAAAACGCCAGUUCGCAGCGUAGUCACAGAGACUGUCAGUACUUAUGUGAUACGAGAUGAAUGGGGAAACCAGAUCUGGAUUUGUCCUGGAUGCAACAAACCUGAUGAUGGUAGCCCCAUGAUAGGAUGCGAUGACUGUGAUGAUUGGUAUCAUUGGCCUUGUGUUGGCAUCCUAACAGCGCCUCCCGAGGACCAGUCGUGGUACUGUGUUAAAUGUUCCAGCAAAAAGAAGGAGAAGAAACACAAGAAAAGAAAACACAAACCACAUUGAGACUAUGCAAAAAGCACAUAUCUUGGACUCUGGACUGAAAGCCAUCACUGAACACUCGUGGCACUGCUGUAAAAUAAAGAAGACAUUUAAAAGUUGUGGCUGAUAUUAACUUCAACGAUAUUUUAAUGGUGUCAGCCACGAUGAGUUGGUAAGAAAAACAAGCUUAACCAGCACACAUCCAGCCUUAGUUCUCACAUGGGCUCUGCAGUUUUCCAUAUUUCACUUGUUUCUUGCCUGUUGUUUUGACAUCCAGCCACUGAAGGUCGUGACAGUUACAUUUAUACAAGGAAACGGUGACAGAUUGUAGGUGAAAGCGCAAAAAGCAGAACCAGAGAACAACCAACGUUCAGCGUCUUUUAUUUCUGUUUCCUCCGUCUCGCCACUAAAGGACUGACCUCUGGGUCAAACCUGUCCCCAAGUUUUUGCAGUAUCAUGUACAUAAUAACGACGGCAUCAGGCUUGUGUAAAUGUGUAAAUACCAACUCCCAAGCCAAGUUCAUUUUGUUCUUACAAUUCAGACCUGUUAAAUCCAUUUCAGAUAUUGGUUUUUAACUCAAAUGAUUUUCUGUAAUUUCUGUACAUUUUUUAAAUUUAAAGUUUGUAUUUUUAUUUUUCUUCAUAUGGAUUUGUCCUGGAGUUAAAUUGUAGCUGUGAUUGUAAUGUAAUUCAUUUUGCUGAUAUUUCAAUAUUAAAGACAGUCUGUGACUUCCAGACUUUAAGAAAAAAAUCUCAUCAGCAUCAAAAUAAGUAUUUAAAAUAAUUUCUCAACCACUUUGGUGCAUAACUAAUUAUAUUUCAUCAAAGUGAGUUCAGUCCAUUUAAAUUUCUGCUCCACACGUUUCAGGCUUGAUGUCGUAGGUUGGAUCUUCCCAGUUACAGAUCAAGUUCUCGAUCAGCCUUUGCAGCGGUCUGUUCAAUGCAUUAGCCUAGAAUUGAGGAGGUUCUGCUGACUGGACACAUACAGCUGUGAUGCGAUUGGACGGCUCAGUGGUGACAUUUGACAGGGCCUUUUAUCUCACAGACUGGAUUGUGGGAAUUCUUUAUAUGUUUUAGCGUGUGUGUGAAAGCGUCUUCUGUAUUGAUUGAGGACGUUGUCUUUGCCUUUCCCUGGAUGACCACAUGGUGUCAUUCAUCAUACACAGACACUGUGACUGUGUGUCUGAUAGGCAGACACCUCAAAGCAUACGCACAGAACAGGCUUUAAUGAAUAUGGAAAAACAGGUGUUUCUCAUUUGAUGCAUGCGCACUCGUUCUCCUACAAGCAUGACUUGAAGUGAAACUAGCUUCUGAUUUGCCAUGGUUAUGGUGGAACUGUCAAUAUUCUUUACAGGCAGCAAAUCUUCAAAAUUCUGCAGAAUACCCUGUAAGAUAGCAAAAAUGUUUCCCACGGUGAUUAGUGGACUUGUUUUUUAUGAUGCAUAAAUGAUCUUUUCUCUUUCUUCUAAGUAAAAGUCAAAAAUCUGUAA